AAGGUACCUUACAAUACAGCACAUCGAAGGGGCUUACAUAAGGCCAACCUCCGCCUUGGGAACGCCUCAUUACUUUUUCGGUCCACAAUCACUUGUAAUAGGGUUCAAAACCUUUUAUGAGUUACAUUGUGUAACAAAAUGGCAACAACUCUCAGUCGGCUCCCAUCUUACCUGCCGGUUCUGCGUUCCUUGCCGGUUGCUAGCGGCUUGAGUGAGGCGCUGGUUGACCAGGUUUCAAGCUGCAUCCGUCACGGAAAAGAAGGGGAGGCGCAAGUUCCGCCAUCAUGUAAUCCAGCGCAAGCUACGUUCUGGGUACAGCCGUUUGUUGGGCGUCGGCCAAGUGCUUCUUGGUCGCUACAUGGCGGAGUGCGCCUUGGCGCCCCAGCCCUCCCCUGGGCCCAGCACCCGCUGCAGGGCUGCCGUACCUUCGCCUCCCAGUCCGAGCAGACCCCCCAGCAGCCCCAGGCGCCCCAGCCCCAGGCAGACCAGCAGCAACAGCAGGCGGGUGCGGGGUCGGCGGGUCUGCCGCGGCCGCCCAACGACGUGACGUACCAGGGACCGCUGUCGCAGCAGCACAAGCUGCUCAAGCGCAUCAGCAUCUCCAACACCCUCAUCGCGUUCGCCGCCGCCCCCGCCAUCGUGGCCUUCGCGGACGGCAUCAGCAUGGUCAGCCGCUACGGACUGGCCACCAGCCUGGUGUUCUUCGGACUCAUCACAACGGGUGCCCUGCACUGGGUGGCGCACCCCUACGUGCACGAGCUGCGCUACUCCGCUGCCAGCGGCCAGAUAGACGUGCGCACCACCACCCUGCUGGGCAGCUCCAGGUGGCACACCUUCAAUGUGGACGAUGUGCAGCCGCUGCCCUGGAACCGCCCCGUGGCAACAUUCAUGGCUAAGAACGAGUUCUACUACAUCGAUGUGUUUUCCUUCCCCGACGAGGACCUGCUGCGGCGCCUGGCACCCGACCAGGCGGAUGUGCCGCAGGGCUACAAGGACAAGGAGGACGAGGACGACUGAGGUGCCCCCUCCUGCGGGGCUGCUGCGGCUGCUGCUGCUGCUGCGGCUGGGGCUGCAGGGCAGUGGCCGGCGUCUAUGUCACCUCACUCGCCGCAUCACCCCACCAGCGACCGCCAGUCUGGAGCCGCUGGUGCCACCGGUGUCCCCGCCACCACCGCCCGGGUGCCUCAGCGGGGGCUGCAGCGGGCAGCGGAGGGGGGAUGCGGAGGGGGGUGCAGAGGCGGGUUGACAGUGAGGGGUGGUUGGUCUUCUAGGUUGAUUGGUUGGUUGGUCGUUGUAAGCGGGUAGGGAUGCGCUUCUGACCUUACAGGCUGUGGGCGAGGUCUCGCUUGGCUCUCGCACCGUUCAUUCGGAUGUUGGAUUGUGAAAACCCUUUUCUUGGACAUCCUACAGUCAAAAGAGGAACGGAAGCAGCAGGCGACGACCUGCACCACCCGCGGGUACCGCCGGUGACGUUGGGGAGUAGUGUUUCCCUUUGUUCUCGUCUGUGAUGUGGGGUGCAUUGCUAGGGAGGCACUGCUGACAUACAGCGACGGGGGCUGGGCUGGAUGCAGGGCGAUUACUUGCGUUGAGGGCCCUUUACUGCUACCGGUAGCAGCGCGCGGUUUGCAGUACGGCAACGUAUGCCGCUCUGGUUCUCCAAGUUGCCGUACACACCUUAACGGACACGCGAUGAGGCACGUCUUGUGUCUUCGUCCUCAUCCUUCCUUCACAGAGCCAAGGCAUUAGAUACAAUCUCUUGCUCCAUGGAAACUGAAUGAUGCUCU